CAAUAAAAAGGACACAAUCAGAUUUGGAACUGAAAGACCCUUCGAUGAAUUGGUUAAAUACUUAGAUAACAGCUUCUAUUCUCUACAAGGACACUCAUGGGGAUUGGAGCAGGGCAAUAAUUCGGUAGAAGAUUUUUAUAAGAAGUACAAGGAGUAUAUAAAGCUUUCUAGAUGGAAUGAAAGUCAGAAUAAAAAUCAAUUUAUUCGUGGACUCUCAUCUGCAAAUCAGUUAGAAGUAAGAUUAUGUGGAUUAGAUCUUCCUUUAGAUGAACUAGUAGAUAGACUAGUUAAACUUGAAGCUUUAGAAAGUCAUACUAACUAA